AUGAGCAGCACUGAGCCUUCAGAGAGCUCGGUGAUGAUCAAUGAAGAUCCAGAGGAUGAAGAUGAGCAGGAGCUCCCAGAGCUGAGGAUCGUCCUGUUCGGGAGGACGACGGUUGGGAAAAGUACGCUAGGAGGCAUCAUCCUGGGCGACAGUGCUGCAUUCACGUCGAGCGAUCCUCAUGGAGAGCGCACAAAGACCUGCCACGUGGAAAGAAAGACGGACUCUGACAGUCACAGCGUGGUUGUUGUGGACACUCCGGGUCUGUUUAAAAUGGGAUCGAGUGAAGAGGACGUGGUGAAAGAGAUCAAGUGGGCCACUGAAAACGUUGAACCUGGUCCUCAUGUGUUCCUGUUGGUGGAAAGGCUCAAAAUCAUCACGUCUGAAGAGUUAAAAGCACUGCAGGUUUUUGAACGCACUUUUGGCAAACGUGCAGUGGCCUACGCUACGCUGGUGUUCACCCACAAAAACGACCCGCGAGGGAACGAAGCUGACAUAAAAGAGGACAUGAAAGGCAACGAGCACCUCAGGGAGCUGAUUGAACGGUGCCAGUGGAGAUAUUUUAUUUUUAACAUUGCUGACAGGAGCCCUGUUCAAGUCGCCGAGCUGCUGGAGAAGAUAACUCAGGAGAGACAAGAUCACUCGGACUUCUUCUACACGCCUCAGAUGCUGCAGGCGGCUGAAACAGCUGCGAACGAGGAGCGAAGCGAAGACGACCGCGGGAGGAAAGCAUCAGGAAACAGACUGGCUGUUCUUGAGAAGAGCGGAUUGCCCAGAGACACCCCCUCAGAUCUCCACGCAGUGUUGCGAAGGCAUAUCAACCGAGAGUCCUAUAACAUCCAGAGCCUUCAGGACCUGAGUCUUGGUCACCUCAGUGGAGAUGUUUGA